GUUAACUUAUACCUGUUUGUGCCAACGUUUGCCAAAUCAUGUUUAUAUUUGCAAAUCCAGUUAACAUAUAGCCUGGUUUAUGUUAAAAUUUGGAUCUUAUUGUUAUGUUUCAGGUCACGUAGUAUUGUUAAGACAUUGAACAGCAGCGUUGAUUCAACGGAGCUUCUGUAUCUUCUACGUGGAGGGCGUAUCGAUGACCAUGCAAGUUCAAUAUGCUACUCUCAAUAUGUUAAUCUUUUACGCAAUACUUGGAUUUACUGCGUGUUGAGAUGUUAUGCAAUCUUAUUUGCAUCUUCUGUUAACAGGUCAUGGAAGCUCUUGUGGAUAGGCUCAGCUCAUGGCUAGAGAGGCCAGAAAUUGCUUCUGUUGGCAUGAAAUAUGGGGUCGUGUCAGCAUUUUUCUGCCAUAGCAUUUAUGCAGUGAACCCAGACUACGCACAUUUAUACACCUCGUUCAUACAAAAGCAUGUCGCCGCAAAUAAAUCAGUACUCCUUAUCCCGCUCGUGCGGCAUGACCACUGGCAUGUUGUUGAAGUAAGGUUGGACGAGGAUGUUAUCAGGCAUUACAGCUCUGCAGGCCACAGUGCAUACUUGGAGCCAGUAAAUAAAGUAAUUGAUUUCAUGGAUCACAUGAAGGCUGGUUUUGAUCCCAAUAAUGUUUGGAAGAAGUACCGAUAUGAAGCCGUCCCUUGCGAGCAACAGCGAGGAAUGUUUGAUUGUGGGCUUUUCGUUCCUUUAUAUAUAACGGCUAUAAUACAAGGGACUGAUACCAGUCAGGUAACUAAUCCCGCUGACGAGGCCGACGUCAUCCGUGCCAAGCUUGUAGCUGAACUCCUAAUUGAAGGAUGGGAACAGAAAAAUUACGUGGAUGGGCUACAAAAGGAUGGGUGA